UAUAUUAUAACAAUUAAACAGACGCUGAUAGGUAUUUUGACAGACAUUAAGCACAUCGUCGUCGCCCUGCACGCGAGGCCUUUUCUGUCUCCCUUUAAAUGCCCCCGGUUUCCACUAACAUCAAACGAACGUCAUUCUUAAACAAAGUGUUUUUAUAACCGAGCAGAUGUUUGAAAGAUCGAUUGAAAUAAUGUUUUGGUUUUGGAGUGAAAUUUAUGUGGGAAGGUCUCUGAUGUAAAUUCUUGCGUCAUCGUUAUUCCCUCAGGCGCGCGCGUUUGAGUCACGACUUGCGCGCGCGCGCACUGGUUUCACGUGUUCGAUAUGAUUAAAUCUUUCAAUCUGGAAUUAUUAAACUGUUGCUAUUAUUUUCACAGUGUUAAAACAAUGGUCUGUUAGGGAGUGGUCUGAUCCAAUUGUUUCAGAAAUCUGUGGUUUAUUGAUUAUUAAAGUGGUCUGGCGACUGAAAGGUUGCAGGUUCGAAUCUCAUUUAAAGGUCUGUGGACUAUCACUGUUUCUUGAGUGCUUAAGACAGUUAAAAACUCUGUUCAGAUAACAGCUGUUUCCAUUAUAUCUGGUCGUUUGAAUGAGUCCAUGUCUGUAAACGAGUGAUAAGCUGAUUUUAAUGGAAGUUGCUAGGUUGUCCAGAAUAGUUGAUAGGUGGUUUCUUACAGGCUCAAGUGGAAAAAGUCCACCCUUUUUGAGACUGUUUUGCUCUGUAUUGCAUUAUUAGGAGCACUGUAUUAUACUGAAGAUGAAGGCAUGCAGUGAUUUGUCAUAUAAUAAUGCAAAAUGUGAUACAAUAAUGCUUCAAGUGUGUAUAAUUAUAUUUAAACGCUGAAAAUGUUUUCUUUCUUUUUUUUGCACUAUAUUAUAAUUUGUACAUUUUGCCAUACGUAGAUAAUUUCAUUAUAUCGUGCAAGUCUGAUUAUUAACUUGUGGGAAUUGUAUCAUUGAUCUUUUUUUUCAUGAUUAGUAAGACUGCAUGAUAUUAAAGAAAUGUGCAGUUUGUUAAUGCAAUACAAUAAUGCUUUAAAUGUGUUUAAUUAUGUAUAAAUGUAAUUAAAAACAUAAUGAUAUAACGUUCAUACAUUUCUUGUUUUUUUGGCAGUGAAUCUUGGACAGCAUGACUUAAAGCAUGUAUUAAAAUCCAUAUGAUCCAAUUGAUUAAAACUAUUACUAAUCUGUUAAAUCUAUAAACAUUAUUCAGCUAAUGCAAGCAGUUGUGAUAUGCAUAUUGCGGUUUGUACAUUUGCUAGAUUUGAGGAUGCAAUGCAUUUGUCUUAGAGGACGUUCACAUGUCGUGCCUAAAACGUGGCUUUUAAAACCCUUGCUGUUACUCUGCUACAAGAUUUAUCUACGAAGAAAAGUAAAAAAAAAAUGCUGCAGUGUUUGGGUGCACUCCAUUCUUCAAAAACACAAAAACCAGGCGAUACAGGAGCUCUGUCUGGACAACAUGAGGUUUUAAAGUUUAUUUCAGAGUGGACACGGACCUGAUUCAUUAUAUUUUAAGAAAACGAAUUAUCUAAGGUAAACGAAUCUGUAACAUACUGCUUAAUAAACGAAAUCUUUGCAUUUUAAUACAACUUGCCUCAUUGCCUUAUUUUUGUAUUUUAAAUCAUUGAUCAGUUCAGUUGUUUUAGAAACAUUCAAAUGUGUUAAUCAACAUUGUAGUUGUUAAUUAAAAAGUUUUAUUUAUAUAUCAGAAUAAUAAUUAGGCUAAAGGUAUGAGCUAGACUAGUGGUUCUCACACUGGGGUACUGCGAACUAAAUUCUGAGUUUUGGCAUUCAUUUAAUUCUACUUCAACUUACAUGUGCAUUAAAACCGAACAUGUAUUCCUGACAACAGCAAAAUACCGCUUCUAAUGUAAAAACUGUUAAAUGGGAGUGAAUAAACAGUCAGACACAUGAUAUCCAAUCCGCUCACCUCAUCUUUUGUGGUCAAAACUGCCUGCAUCCACACAAGCAGCGUGCAUAUGAUGUAAAUCCUGCUACUGUUCAAUGCAUCGUUAACGUAGAUCUACACUUAACAGCAUGAAGAGCAAAUAUUGAUACGGACUGAGAUCCAUGUAAACUCUCUAUGACUCGAUGCGUGUUAUUGUUUGCAUGUUUAUUGAGAUACAAGCAAGCAUGCAAAUUUCCCUGAACAUCCAAACGAUGACAGAUGUGCCAUUCAAUUUGACAUCACUUCAGAAUAUUGUCAUGUUUGUUCUAUUUUACAAUAAAAUAAUACUGUAGUUCCAACGAAUUUGAAAGUGCAACUCCAAGUAACAUACAGCGGUGCUUCAACAGUGAACAAAUCUUGUGGAGAGUCAGUGAUUAAUUAACAUUACAGCAGCAUUUUGCUUCGUUACUAGUUCCUCAUAGUCUUGAGGUUCAGUUAGAAAGCUCUUCUGGAGUUCAGAGAGGUCUGGCUCUGUCCUUCUCUUCCUCUUUCCCUCUGAGGGACAUCUAGAGACCGGCGUGACUCUGACAGGUGUAGACUGGAUGUUUGCUGAUGCUGCUGGUCGAUGCCAGGGGCUCGGCUCUACAGGAAGUAGGGUCAAGUGAGGUCUAGACCUCUGUUCCUGUAGAUCUGCGUCAUCAAACCAGCCAAAUGGCCGACAAGAACACCAGAAUCGCUAUCGUGAACCACGACAAGUGCAAGCCCAAGAAAUGUCGUCAGGAGUGCAAGAAGAGCUGUCCGGUGGUGCGCAUGGGUAAGCUGUGCAUCGAGGUCACGCCUCAGAGUAAAAUCGUCUGGAUCUCAGAGUCUCUCUGCAUCGGAUGUGGAAUCUGCAUCAAGAAAUGCCCAUUUGGCGCUCUGUCGAUCGUGAACCUGCCAAGCAACCUGGAGAAGGAGACCACACACAGAUACUGUGCCAACUCCUUCAAGCUCCACAGGUUGCCCAUCCCUCGUCCAGGUGAAGUGCUGGGGCUCGUGGGUACUAACGGCAUCGGGAAAUCCACGGCCCUCAAAAUCCUGGCUGGAAAACAGAAACCAAACCUGGGGAGGUUCGAUGCUCCUCCUGACUGGCAGGAGAUCCUCGCAUAUUUCCGUGGCUCCGAGCUGCAGAACUACUUCACCAAGAUCCUGGAGGACGACCUGAAGGCCAUCGUUAAGCCGCAGUAUGUCGAUCAGAUCCCCAAAACCGUUAAGGGGUCAGUAGGCUCCAUCCUGAGCAGGAAGGACGACACCAAGACAGAAGAACUGGUGUGUGAACAGCUGGAUCUGUUGCACUUGCGUGAGCGUAAUGUUGAGGAUCUGUCUGGAGGAGAGCUGCAGAGAUUCGCCUGCGCAGUCGUCUGCAUUCAGAGAGCUGAUAUCUUCAUGUUCGACGAGCCGUCCAGUUACCUGGAUGUGAAACAGAGGCUGAGAGCUGCCAUCACCAUCCGCUCCCUCAUCUCUCCAGACAGGUACAUCAUAGUGGUGGAGCACGACUUGAGUGUGUUGGAUUACCUGUCAGACUUCAUCUGCUGUCUGUACGGCGUUCCCAGCGCGUACGGUGUGGUGACCAUGCCCUUCAGCGUCCGGGAAGGAAUCAAUAUUUUCCUGGACGGCUACGUGCCGACGGAGAACCUGCGCUUCAGGGAGACGUCUCUGGUGUUUAAAGUGGCGGAGACGGCCGCCGAGGAGGAAGUGAAGAAGAUGUGCCGCUAUCAGUACCCCAACAUGAAGAAGAGCAUGGGCGAGUUCACGCUGGGCAUCACAGAAGGAGAGUUCACCGACUCGGAGAUCAUGGUCAUGCUGGGAGAGAACGGAACUGGGAAAACCACGUUCAUCAGGAUGCUUGCAGGAGGCCUCAAACCAGACGGAGGAGGUGAGGUGCCCAUCCUGAACGUGAGCUACAAGCCACAGAAGAUCAGCCCCAAGUUCAAAGGCAGUGUUCGAGCCCUGCUGCACGAGAAGAUCAGAGACGCGUACACACACCCUCAGUUCGUCACGGACGUAAUGAAGCCCAUGCAGAUCGAAAGCAUCAUCGACCAGGACGUCCAGAAUCUGUCUGGUGGUGAGCUGCAGCGUGUGGCUCUGGCUCUGUGUUUAGGAAAGCCUGCGGACGUGUAUCUGAUCGACGAGCCGUCAGCGUAUCUGGACUCCGAGCAGCGUCUGAUGGCUGCCAGGGUCAUCAAACGAUUCAUCCUUCACGCCAAGAAGACAGCGUUUGUGGUGGAGCACGACUUCAUCAUGGCCACUUAUCUGGCCGACCGAGUCAUCGUCUUCGAUGGGAUUCCAUCCAGAAACACUAACGCCAAUGCUCCACAGAACCUGCUGGCUGGCAUGAAUAAGUUUUUAGCGCAGCUGGAGAUCACGUUCAGAAGAGACCCAAACAACUUCAGACCAAGAAUUAACAAACUCAAUUCCAUUAAGGAUGUGGAACAAAAGAAGAGUGGAAACUACUUCUUCCUGGAUGACUGAAGAUUCCAUUUCACAGAAUUCCAGAAGUUUAGCUGCUCAGUAUGACAUCAGACCAGCAAGCACUGCACUGUGAGACUUACACGUUUGACUGAAUUACCAACAGAACUUCAAACAUACGGCUCUGCUCCUCUCGGCCAUUGGUGCGAUCCAACAAAGAGACUAGAUAUAUCCUCUGACAUAAAGCCAAACUUCUGAGGAGAGGACAUUAUUUGAAAAUAAAACCUGGAGAGACGUAUGUGUCCGGAUUAAUUAUCGUUAUCGUUAACAACUGCAGUUCUUUCUCAUCACAAACUGGUGCGAACCAAUUUACACACGGCAAACAUGCAACUGUAUAUUUUGAAUAAAAUAUUUUAAUCAUGUUA